AUAUAAUGGACACUAAGACAAAGAGAAAUAAAUAAAAAAAUAAAAAUGGCGGCAAGGGGACAUCCUUUUGGAACUUGGACCACUAAUAUAUAUAGAGCAGCUUGGCUGUGAAAUUUCUCACCACCCCACCAAUUGGCCUUCACUAUUUAUACUUAGUUUAUUUCUCAUCCUAUUUCAUAAAUCUUGAUUCUUAUAGAGCUAGAGCAUUCAAUAAUGAAGAUCUUUGGUUGGACGCUAAACAAACGUAAUCGAAGUGAAGUUUCGAACAAGCCGAAUCCAGAAUCGAUGUCAUAUGAUCAUAUGAUGCAGCACCACUGCAAAGAAGUGUACUCCGAUUGGCCAAACGGUUUGCUUGCUAUUGGUACAUUGGGAAAUUCCGACAAGUUGAGCGUUCAUGCGAACAAUGAAAACACCGCAUCACAAGUACAAGACAACUUCGAAGAGGAAGAAGAAGAAGAAGAACAACAAGUUAUUGAUAAAGAAUUGAGAUUAUUACUGAAUAACCACAUUUCUCUCGAUAGAGAGAAACUGUUCUUGGAUUGCUCGAGAGAAAUCGAGGAACGAGCGGUUCAUUUGUUGGCAAACGAAGACGCUCGUAUACAGAGGACCAUCAGCAGUACAGUCAACAAAGGAGCUAAAGACGCACGACUGAAUAAUAAUAAUAAUAAUAACAAUAACAAAAGGAAGAACGGGAUCGGUAAAAAAUCGAUCUCGUUUCUCAUCAAGAAGGCGCUUCUGUGCAGAGGUGGAUUCGUCUUGCGGGACCCGCAUCCGGAUACUACUAAAGUGGAUAACUCGAGAUUGGAUAAGAUACUGAGGGCAUUGCUGCACAAAAAGAUAUAUCCUCAAAGGCCUACUUCGAAGAAAUAUUUGGAUAAUAGGCCUGCGAUUGUCGAUAGCGAUGACGAAGAGUAUGAAGAGUCUUUUCAUCAAACUAAAUGGGUCAAAACAGACUCAGAAUAUAUUGUUCUGGAAAUAUAA